AUGACCAUGGACAGUUCUAGUCUUGUCACACAUCGUAGAUAUCAGGUAGCAAUGAAGGCACUCAACAGCUGCCUGUACUUGCUGCUGGUGAUGUUCCUGUUGCUUCAGUCCAUGUCCCUGGAUGUUACCUCAGCUCAGAAAAAGAAGCUGAAGAAGUCCAAGCUUGCAGUGUGCAGGUAUGAUCGAGCUGGUAGCGACAGCCCCUGUAAUACAACCACCAACAUGAAAGUCAUUACCCUACAGCUAAAGAAGGGCAACCUGUCUACCUGCAAGUCAACUAAGCUCAUCACCAAGCCAUGUCAUGAUAACAGCUUCGCCAAGAAAAGAAAGGUUAAAGGAUGUGUGUACAACAAGCAGCCAUGGUCAGACUGCAGCAUGGACACAAGAACUAGGCAGAGGGAAAUGAUACUUGUCCGAGGAGAUCCUUCUCUUUGCUUACCAAAGAAAACUGUCACCAAAGUAUGCAAGAAAGUUUGCCACUAUGUGAAGGGAGAAUGGGGGCCAUGUGAUGUGGUGACAAACUUGGAACAGAGGUCACUGACCCCUCGAAAGGGUGACCCAGCUCAGUGUCAGUCUAGUGUGGAAUCUAGACCGUGCCAGAGACGAACGGAGGAGCUGGUCGCAGCCAAGUCAAACAAAUGUCGCUACAACUUGAGCGAAUGGAGUACUUGUGAUCUCCGAAGCAACACUAUGACUCAGUGGAUGACUUUGAAAAGUGGGGACCCAAAUGUGUGUCAAAGGUCUAAAAAGCUGACCAAGAAAUGCAGACUUGCCUGCAAGUUCCGCCGAGGGGAAUGGUCAGACUGUGAUGAACACACUCUCCUCAUGACAAGAGUGGACACACUGGUCAAGGGAAGUUCCAAAGAGUGUGACCUUACAAGAGAGAUUACCAAAAAGUGUAAAAGAG